UCAUUUUUAGGUGAAGGGGGAGGGACGGUGAUAAAUUUCGCUUCGUUGUCGUAUUUAGAAUUAAGUUUUGUGAUUUAUGAAUAGAUUCUCGUGCUCUGAAUGAAAUUACGAUAUAAACAGAACUGCAAGUGCAUCAAAGGUGUUAACGCAGUGCGUGUAGUCAGUGAUUAGAUUCGGACCGCUCCCAGCGAAGUACGUACGUCAAUCAAGUAUUUUUCAUGCCGUUUGUACUACUUGCGUAUAGUAGGGGCCGUGUGAUAGUAAAAGCUGUUGGAAAGUGCAUUCAUACGGGAAAUUGUCGUGGUAAAAACUAAUCUCACGUCCCAUUUAGUUUUGAACCCAUUACCAAGUGCUAAAGUGUACAUUCUUGGAAAGUGUUUGUGGCCAUUUUCGGUGGCGUUAACAAAUUGCCCGCUGUUAUCGGGUGGGCCACAAUGACUUUACUUUGUAAUAUCUGAGCUGCCCGGUCAACAUGGACGGCGUGAAGAAAAUACACUCGGGAACACUGUAUCGCAACGGUCCGGUGGAGGGGGCGUACGGGCAGCAGCACAGCCCCGUGUCCCGCUCCGACGCCUCCACCGAGGACGCCGAGCUGUCCGCCGCGCUCGCGCAUCAGCACCAUCUCGCUAUGCAGGCAGGGGAAUAUCCUGUGGGCGGGGGCGUGGAGGGUGAUUACGGGCAGUAUGUGUCGUCCCCCGCGGCUCACUACAACCACAUGGGUCACCUCACCAUGGCGCCGUCGCAGAAGUACCCACAUGUGAUGGAGGCGGUGUCGGUGGCGAGCGGGUACGCGGGCGGCGUGGGCGGCGCGGGGGGCGGGGCCGGCCACUACGGCACGUACGCACACUACGCCGCCGCCUACCCCGCGCAGCCGUACCUUGUGGACGCGCAGGUGCCCGCUUAUAUGGCGCAGGAGUACGUAGAGGGCGGUGGCAGUGCGUCGCCGCGUAGCGCGUCACCGGGCGCUCUACCGCCACAGCACAACCUACACUUACAACAGAGGUACGACUCGACGUCGCUAGAGCAACUGGGGCGGCACUACUGCGUGACGUCGCCGCGCGGUGAGUACGCCGCCGACGCGUACGGCUACCAGCACUACCCACCCGUCUACGAGCCGCAGCACCAGCCCGCGCAGUUCAAGGACUCUCAGAACGGCUUAAGUCUAGGCAGCACGGGUGGACAGUCGAUGUACGGCGACGAAGACGAACUGCAGAAGCAGAUGGCUGGAAUGGCUUUAGUUCACGGUGGCGGCGUGGGCGGAGUCGGCGGGGUAGGCGGACGCGAGGAGGGCGGGCUACAAUGGCGCGACCCCAACCUGCCGGAGGUGAUCGGCUUCCUCAACUCCCCGUCAGACGUGGUCAAGGCCAACGCGGCAGCAUACCUCCAGCACCUCACGUAUAUGGAUGACCCUAAUAAGCAGAAGACUAGGAGUCUAGGUGGCAUCCCGCCGCUAGUGCGUCUGGUGUCGCACGAGAACCCCGAGGUGUGCCGCAACGCGUGCGGCGCGCUCCGCAACCUGUCGUACGGCCGCCAGAACGACGAGAACAAGCGCGCUAUCCGCGACGCCGGCGGCAUACCCGCGCUCAUGGCGCUGCUGUGCCGCGCUACUGACAUGGAGGUGAAGGAGCUAGUGACAGGUGUGAUCUGGAACAUGUCCUCCUGUGAAGACCUCAAACAGUCAAUCAUCGACGACGCGGCACAAGUGAUAGUCAACAAGGUGAUCAUACCGCACUCCGGCUGGCAUCCCACCAACCCCGGCGAUACUUAUUGGUCUACAGUAUUCCGCAACGCGUCUGGCGUGCUCCGUAACGCGUCAUCUGCGGGCGAGUACGCGCGGCGGCGGCUGCGCUCGCUGGCCGGGCUCGCGGAGUCGCUCCUGCAUCUAGUACGUGCGGCACUCGCGGCCAACUCCAUCGGCACGAAGAUCGUCGAGAACUGCGUUUGUGUGCUGAGGAAUCUGUCUUACAGAUGUCAAGAAAUAGAAGACCCAUUAUACGACACAAGAGCACCGCCUACACAAUCAUCGGGACAGGCUAGGAUACAGGCCAGCGCCUCAAAAGGGGAAAACCUCGGCUGCUUCGGUGGUAGUAAGAAGAAGAAGGAGGGUUCGUCGUCAAACUCCACGUCGCCGCUAAGUAAGAGCGAGCCCGAGCCGCAGUUAGACGCCGGCACGCAGCUCGGGUACAGCGUACCCAAGGGUACCGAGAUGCUGUGGUCGCCUGAGGUGGUGCCGCUAUACAUGGCGCUGCUGCAGACGUGCUCCAACCCUGAGACGCUGGAGGCGGCGGCGGGCGCGCUCCAGAACCUCGCCGCCUGCUACUGGCAACCCUCCAUAGACAUACGCGCUGCCGUGCGCAAGGAGAAAGGUUUACCGAUAUUAGUGGAACUCCUGCGUAUGGAGGUGGACAGAGUGGUGUGCGCCGUAGCGACGGCGUUACGCAACCUCGCGAUAGAUCAGCGCAACAAGGAGCUGAUAGGGAAGUACGCGAUGCGAGACCUCGUGCAGAAGUUGCCCAGCGGGAACAACAAUCAGCAGCAUGAUCAGGGCACAUCAGACGACACGAUCGCGGCGGUACUGGCGACGCUGAACGAGGUGAUCAAGAAAAGCGCGGAGUUCUCGCGCUCGCUGCUGGAGGCGGGCGGCGUAGAGCGGCUGCUGCACCUCACCAAACAGCGCCAGCGGCACACGCCCAGGGUGCUGAAGUUCGCAGGUCAAGUGCUGAUGACGAUGUGGUCGCACGCGGAACUGCGCGAGGUGUACCGCAAGCAUGGAUGGCGUGAGGCGGACUUCCUGACGCCGGCGCGCGCCGCCGCACCUCGUGCGCCCGUACCACAAGGCGGGGCUGCGUGCGCGCCGCACUCGCCAAACAACGCGAACAGCACGCUCAGCCGGCCAAUGGCGUCCACGGGCGGCACCCGCUACGAGGACCGCACCAUACGCCGCCACCGCGAGAACGAUGACAUGCCGACGAUGGACGUGAACAGCUACGGCGAGGGUCUCGGCAUGGGCAACCCCAACGGCCGGCCGAUGAACCUGCAGGGUGUCCAGGCUCAGAUGCCCCCGCCGAGUAGCCGCUAAGUGGCGCUGAUUAGUCGUGAGAUGGCGCUGAUCAGCUAGGUCGCGUUGAUUAGCUAAAUUACGCUGAUCAGCCGCUAAAUCGCGCUGACCAGCUAAAUCAUGCUGAUCAGUUGCUAAAUUGCGCUGAUCAGUCGCUAAGUAGCGCUAAAUGAUGCUUAAUCGCGCUGAUCAAUCACUAGAUCGCGUGAAAAGCCGCUAAGGGACGCUGAUCACCGGACCAUAGAGAACAGAAGAGAAGAGGACUAAGACAAAGAUAAAAGUGAUGGCUAAAAUCAAAUAAAUGUGUAGCGCUGUAUGUUUUCUUAUGAAUCAAAGCUCAGAAUGUAGACUUUAAUACGAUGUUCUAUUAACUUUACAAUAUUGCAGUGUCAUCUUGUUUAACAGAUUAAGGCCGCCAUUUUCAAAAUAAUAAUUAAGAGUCCUCUUGGUCUCCCGUCUCCGUGGUCGGUACCUAAACAGGUUUCAUACCUAAUUAGUCUUUUCUACUAAUUUCGUUCUUAUAACGUCUCUUUCUAGCGAGAGAGGGUAGGGUAUGACUUAUACAUGUAUUUAUAUACGUUAAUCUUUGAAAAUGUGACUGAAAUGUAUUUAUUGUAACUUAAUCGAUUUAUAUUUUAUUUGAUAUAUUUUUUGGACGAUACAUUUUAUUAUUUCAUUGUGUUGUGAUUUACAGACAGUAUAUUUUUUGUGACUUAUGUUAAAUAUGGCAGCUUCUUGAGAUUAGCGGAGCGUACAGCGGGGCGUUUAGAGGAAAUAAGAUACAACACAAUAGCAAUAAUAUUCUUCCCCAUAUACGACACAAAUUGUUAAUCUGCGCUGUAUGCUCCGUAUUUUUUUUUUUUUGGUUGAUGCGUCACAAAUCCAAGUCCUAGAUCGCUUAUGCCCUGUCGAUCGUGAGCCGAUCAUGUCAAUUCCCUGUACAUAGUCGUGCCAUUGUUGUAUUAAUAUAAUCCAUACGGGGAUGUAUUGGUGUUGUGUAUUCAUCCUAGCUAUGUACCUACUACCAAUAUAAUAUACGUUUAUUGAACAUUACAAAAGAAUCAGCAGGAUUUACAAGUUGUUUUACAAGAGACACUUUUUCUUUGUUGAAUAACAGUUGUUAUAUAAGGAUUUUUUUUCUAUCAAUAAUAACAAACAUUAACGCAUCAUGUCGAGUAGACCCAACAUAAAAAUCUUAAUAUUUUACUUCACCUUAGGUGUCAUUACACAGAUGGUAAAGUUAAGACUGGGUUAAAUAUCAUGUAAUUCCUAUCAUCGUAUUCAUGGAAGAGAAAAUAUGAUAUAUAAUCUAAAGUUAACUUUAACCCACAUUCUUGUAAUAGUGAUGAACGAUAAAGUGUAUUUCUAACAUUUUUAAAUAUACAGGAUUUUAUUGUUUUUGUAGUGAGGUCGGUGUAGCGAUUUAACAAUCGCUCUUAUGCCCGCCGAUCUCAGACCACGGUGUGAGCUCACAUUUUGUAUUGUAUCGACGUUUUUUGUAACUUUUGUAACCAUUCCAUGACCCUCUGUACUUGUAACAUAGAUGUCUACGUCUCUUAUAUUUAAGAAGUAUCCGUCUUAUAGACUAGAUUUAAGCGUUCCGAUUGUAUGUAAGCUUUAACGUUUAGUUCAGUAGUUUGCACCCUUUGAUCGUGUGAAUCCACAGCUAUAGAAUCAACGCUAGGGACUUAUAUCAUAGAAAUAAUAUUCGAUAUUGUUGUAUGAUAUUAUCAUCACAAUCCAUUGUAGAAUGUGUAUGAAUACCCCAUUUUUGGUGUCUUUCCUUUUUGCAUUUUUUACAAAUUGACAUUGCAUUUAUAUGGCAGAUAUCAUGAAUAAAAUUUUAAGACGAAAGCAAACUUGGAUAUUAAGACCUCUGUGUUGAAUUGAGCGGAAAGCGGACGAUAAACUUUUGUCUAAUGCCCGCGCCGCUUGACGCUUUCCGGGGAAUUCAAGGCAGAGGCCUGACAAAAAUUUUCAUCUGUGGAAUUGCAUACUAUGGACUGAACCAUCAUACAGAUAGGGUAAACCUAUGGCAAGGCAUUCGAUUAUACAAACAUAAAUAUUAUGCAAAGAAAUUCAUGAUAACUUUAACAUUUUUUCAAUGUUAUUCAAUAUUUGUAGUUGUCUAAUCGAAUUGAUCAUUAACACGGCCUUUACUUUAAAAGAGUGCAAUUUGGAAUUACAAUUUUUCAAUUACAUUAAGUAUUUUGAAUGGUUUUAGAUGUUUGACAGAUAGUGUCGUGUUACAUACUAAGCAAUUUUUGUAUCUUUUAUAUCCAUUUACGUCGAUAACAAUGGAUAUAUAGCACACAAACACAACGGACGUUUAUUUACAAGAUUUAUAUCCAUUUAUUUAGUUCUGUAAUUAUUUAUUUUAUACAAUCGUAUAGGGGUUUAAAUGUUAAAAUGUGAUUUUUUGAUAUAUUUAAGCACAACAAUGCAUUUGAAUGGACUGACCUACGGGCCCCGGUACAAAUACAGUUUAUACUUUGUAACGCGUAAGUUUUGUAUAUUUUUAAUUGUAAGCGUCCGAGCGAUAUACAACAUGAUUGCCGCGAUAUCGCUUCUAUGAAGCUACAGUGCGGUCGUGGAACGCGCCGAAUUCCGUACAUUGAUAGCGCUAUUUGCCUCUCGCUCGCACACGAAUGAAUACGCAUAUGGAUGAAAAUGGGUUUCUAUAGAUGCGUAAAUGUAAUGUUAUCGAAAACGAAUGUCAAAUGUAUGGAAGAUGUCAGAAUAUUUUGACAAUGUAGUUGUUCCUGUAGAGCCCUUGCCCACCCCUCUUCUAUCACAAUAUAUCCGUGUAAACACGAUGGCUAUUUCGUGCACGAGCGAAAGAGACAAGUGGCGGGGGUCAGUGUCCCAAAUUCUGCGUGCUCCGCGACCGCACUAUAAACAUCAACACUAAACACGAGUAGGCUUAAGUUUUAUUUAAUCGCCAUAUAAUUUAUCUUUUUUUAAUUGUGAGAAUAUUAGUAAAUCGUAGGCAUUAUUAGAAAUGUUAUUUUAUUAGUGUAAUAUCUUUAUAUACGACCUUUAAGCAUUGUUGUAAAGUUACUUGUAUUUCUUCCAUGGCGGCGCCGACUGUUCUCUUUGUUUUCAGAUUGUGUAGCAUCUACGGCGAUUAUAUUUUAAAGUACAAUGAGGUGUGGUGCCGUCGCUAUACCCAAAAGAUCUCCAAGUUUCAGCGUAGGUUAAGUAAGACACGAUUUCUAUUAGUGUUACUUUAGUGUUACACCACAAUUAAAUAUUAUUGUCUAUGGCUGUCCAUAGACCGAGAGUUGUUGGAACUGUAAUACUCGAUUAUUUAUAUUUUUUUAUUUAAACAAAUUAAAGUUUAUUUAACGCGAUCCUGUCGCUACAUUCAUAGUAUAACCGACUUAGUCUUAUGACUUUUGUAUGUAGAAUUUUAUUAGAGAAAUGUCUAAAAUAAAAAAGUAUA